AUGAUCUUACUUUUAGUUGCGUUCAUCUCAUUAUUUGCGACAGCAAAAUUUCAAUAUUAUCUGUAUCGCUUAGACUCGAAUCAUGAUUGUUUAUAUUACAGGGUACUUAAUCAAGACAUGUUUUAUGUGGAUAACGAAAAACUCGCGGAAAGUCCUUAUCAACUGAUUCGCUAUUGUGGGUUUCCAAUAAAGAUAGAAGGAAGUAUUUUAUUCAGUUAUUCUUUCAAAGAUUUAGAAAAACUAAAUAUUACUACGCACGACUUACUUCUUUGGUUUGCUCCGAUCGAUUUGGUCGAAGACUAUCAAGCAUAUCUUUAUUUUCCGUCAUCAAUCGUCGCGUCGAAAACGUUCAACAACUGCAGUUCACUUUGGUUUGGAGACCAGUGUCAAUACACGUUCGAUUCUAAUGAACCGUUCAGUACGAUCGUGUUUAAAACGUUUCAUGCCAAGGAGAAUGUUAGCAAAGACAUUCCUCUACAAAGUAUUACAAAUCUAACAUGUUAUAUUCAUCUUGAAUGUAAUCGUGGAGGAUCACCACUUUGUCUCGAUUGGCGAGAAAUAUGUGACGGACGUAUUGACUGCUUGAACGAUGCUGCCGACGAAAAGAGCUGCUUCGAAUUGGAAAUAAACGAAUGCAAUGACGAUGAAUAUCGGUGUCAUAAUGGUCUGUGCAUACCAAGGCAAUUCGUCAACGACAGCUUUCAGAAUCCAGAUUGUUUGGAUGGAACAGACGAGUACGAUAGUGAGAACUAUAAAUUUCAUCGGCAGGUUGGCUUUUUAAAUUGCUUCACAGAACCAGCAUUCCACUGUGAAGAAUCAGACUACUAUUUUGGUCAUCGAGGUUUUGUCUGUGGGGACGGACAACAUAUUAGGAUGUUAAUGCCACCACCCCUUGAAUUUCUCAAUAUUGAACAGGCAUUACAAUGUGCGAACGGCCGUGAUUCUAUCAUGAUGCUUUCGAGCGCUCGCUUGCGGCCUAAUUCUACCAAUUUCACAUCGCAAUGUCAAACAGCGGUCACUCUCUUGACAAUGGGAAAGUACAACGUUGAUUUCGUUAAACUUAUGUGCUAUGGUCAAAAACUACCUUGUCGUAUUCCAGUCGGUAAUUUAUGCAAUCAAGCAAGUUAUAUGCUGCUUCCAAUGUUAUUUGUCACUCAAUAUUACGCACAAUUCGGCUAUUGGAUGAACAAAUCAUUUAUUUAUCAAACCUUCGAAAGUUUUCCUACACCAGAUUUUGUCUGCUACGAUGCACAAUUAUGUUCCAUAGGUGUCCCAAAUCUUUCAAUCGAGAAUAGGACCUGUACAGAUCUGAGUGAAGUUUCUAUAUUUGAUAUUCAUCAAUUUAUCGGCGUUUUUCAUACUUGCCUACUGUAUAAUGGAGUGCUAAACAGUGACGAUUGCUCUGAUCAAUCAUUAUUUCACUGCUCUGGUACUCUCAAAUGUAUUUCUAAACAUAGGCUGGUUGAUGGAAUCAUAGAUUGUCCAGACGGGAGUGAUGAAACCUAUGAGCUAUCGUGUGAUUUGAACGAUCCAUUUCGUUUUAAAUGUAUUUCAGAGAAUAAAUGUAUUUCUCCUGUACUAGUACGAAAUAUAAUAGUGGACUGUGUUGGAGGUGAAGAUGAACGUAAUACUUAUACGUAUAAAAUACCAUUUCAGGAUCUUUGCGAUGGCUAUACGCAUUCUCCAUCUAUGGUCAUUGAUGGGCAGAACGAAACAGACGAAACAAACUGUAAUCUUUGGCCGUGCAAUAAUCUUUAUACGCGAUGCAACUACGCUUGGACAUGCCCAAAUGGUAUCGAUGAGAUCGACUGUAAUCCGCUAUCGAAAUGUUAUCCUGAUGGACAUGAGUGUGUGUCACCCAUAAGUCUUGAAGUUAUUUGUUUGCCAGUUAAUCGUACUGGAAAUGGAGUAGUCGAUUGUCUUGGAUCUACAGAUGAGAGACAACAUUGUCGCGAACAAAAUCCAGAUAAUCCAACUUUACGCUAUCGAUGCUGGAAUUCUACAGAUUGCGUGCCAAGCAACUGUCAUAACUCCAAUCAAUGUCCCGUUGAGCAGAUUCAGUCUUUUUGGAAUCAAUGUCAGCAAGAUCAAAAUAUUGCCCGUGUCAUAUUCAGUUUACUACAUGACAUAAUGCUUGGAAGUGGAUUUCAUUCGAAUAAUAAAUAUUUUAUUUUAGACAACUCCACUCGUUUUACGAUGUACACAUCGGUUACCAAUCAAAUUCAAAUAGAUUUAGCCUCUUCUACUGUAGAUAUCAAUACAAAUCCAUCGAAACGUGAGUUGAUAACAAAAACGAUAAGUUUUAAUCAGGCUUGGCUUUGCAACCGUGGUAUAUUAGUUUUCCUUGGACUGGAUAAACGAGAACAUUGUCUAUGUCCUCCCAGUUACUAUGGGGAUCGGUGUCAAUUUCAGAAUGAACGCAUCAGUCUAACCAUUCAAUUUACGAAGAAAUGUGCUCCCACAUGUGAUGGAAUGUACAGUAUUAUAUUGAAAUUGAUCGAUGAUGAAGAAACAAUUCACUCUUACGAACAGUUUACACAUAUGUCGACAGAAAAAUGUAAUACGAAAUACAAUAUAAACCUGUUGUAUAACACUCGUCCUAAAAAUAUAAUGACAAAUUACAGUAUUCGAAUUGAAGCUUACAAUAAGAUUGAUCUUAGCUUUCACAGUAGUUGGAAACUUCCUGUUCAGUUCUUAUUUAUGCCUGUACAACGCAUUGCAAGUUACAUGAUGAUUCCGGCAGAGUUCACUUCGAUAUCAAAGCGUUGUCAGGUUCAUUGUGGUGAACAUGGACGAUGUGUAACAUAUGUAAAUCGCGACGAGCAUUAUUGUCAUUGUGAUUCAGGUUGGUCAGGUCGAUAUUGUUCUAUUCAUCUCGACAAUUGCUCAUGCUCUGUGGACUCACUCUGCCUUGGCCAAAUUAAGAAUCAAUCAAUAUGUCUAUGUCCCAAAGAUAAAUCUGGCUUACGCUGUCUCAUUCAUUCAAGUUGUCAAAAUAAUUUGUGCCAAAAUGGAGGAAUUUAUGUGCAAGAAGAUGAUCGAAUAUCAAUCAACAAUUUUACAUGCAUCUGUGCUACAGGCUACUCCGGUAGCCAUUGCCAGUUCAAAGACACACAGAUUAUAAUCUCAUUCAAUGGAGUCAGCAUUCCACCAUAUUUAUCAAUAUUUUUUGUUAGUGUUCAGGCGAAAACAAAUCCUCAAUUGACUAUGAUGACCAGCAAGAUUGCUCUCGAUCAAGACACCGUUGGAUUCUAUUUAUCAAUUCCGUUCAAUAUGAUUUUUGUACACACAAAAGAUACAUUCGCUCUCGCUUUUUUGAAUGUGAAUACUUCCAACUCAAUCAAUAUUCGACUUGAGGCAAAAUUCUUUCACCGCUGUUCAUCCGUUCAGAAACUGUUUAAUCAAACAACAAUGAAUUUCCCAUUGCUACGACGAGUCAAGUAUUAUCACAGUCUAUGCAAACAAUACUCUCAACUCAGUUGUUUCCAUGAUACCGAUAGCUUCAUGUGCUUGUGCAAUCAGGACGACUAUGCGAACUGUUUCCCGUUCAAUUUCAAUGAGACUUCCAAAUGUAAUGGUCAGCUGAUCUGUGAAAAUGACGGAGUAUGUUUUCAAGAUCGUGCUACUUGUCCUCGACUGAUAAUGUGCGUCUGUCCGAAAUGCGUCUACGGCGGAAAAUGUCAGUUCACAACUAAAGGCUUUGGUCUUUCACUCGACAUCAUUCUCGGUUAUCAAAUUCGGCCAGACACGACAAUUAUGAACCAACCCAAUACAAUAAAAGUUAGUAUGAUUUUGACAAUAUUCAUUUUUAUGGUGGGCUUGAUCAAUGGCCUAUUAUCCAUUGUGACUUUUCAAUCGAAGACUAUCUCUAAUGCUGGAUGCCAAUUGUAUCUAUUGGCUUUGUCGACCAAUGCUCUUAUUUCUACGAUUGUCUUCACACUUAAGUUUUUGUUACUCAUUUUCUUGCAGACAUCGUUCAUCAAAAGUCGAGCGAUUCUGAUGAUUGAUUGUAUUUUUAUAAACUAUAUACUCAGAUUACUACCAUGCGUCGGUGACUGGCUGAGUGCUUGCAUUGCAAUUGAACGAGCUUUAAUCAUAAUUACAGGUGCUUUAUUUAAUCACAACCAAAGUCGAACGAAAGCUCGAUGGAUCAUAGCCACUAUUGUGUUCCUUGUUCCAUUGAGUGUUUUACACGAGCCCAUUAAUCGCGAACUAAUUUAUGAUACCGUAGAACUGCGAACAUGGUGUGUUGCCCAAUAUUCAUCAACCCUGAAAAUUUUUGAUGGUGUAAUGCAUGUUUUUCAUUUCUCUACGCCCCUCAUAGUUAAUUUAGGUUCAGCCAUUUUGAUAAUCAUACUGAUAGCUCGAAGGCAUCGAGUUGUGCAUCGACAACAUGCUGAUUACAAACAUCUGCGUCAACAACUUUUACAGCACAAACAUCUCAUUCUAAGUCCGAUCAUCUUAGCAUUGGUCAGUGUGCCGCGACUAGUAGGAUCGUUUCUAUCCGGUUGCAUGGAGUCGUUUCGCGAUACAUGGCUAUUUCUGACGGGCUAUUUCAUCUCAAUGACGCCAUGGUUGGUGACGUCAGUAAUUUUUAUUUGGCCUUCUGUUAUGUACAAAAAUGAAUUGCGUCGUAUAUUAAAGCGUUCAAGAACAACCGUAGUUAGAUAUUUCUCCACAAAUACAGUGUAA